AUGGAAACUCUUUAUGAAUGGAAUAAUGAGCUUUUGACUGAGCAUCUUACAUAUCCUCCUUUAUCUUUAAUUGAUGAUGUUAUUAAUACAAUUAAUACAUUGUUAUAUAAAGCAGUUGGGGCUAUAGAACAGUAUAUGCAACAUCUUCCGCCUUCUAUGAUAUCGGAGAAAGAGAUUGAUGAGGGUGUUCAACAGGUUGAAACGUUUUUAGAGAAUGCAAUAGAUAGAAAUUUUGAUGCAUUUGAACUUUAUGCUUUACGUAAUAUUUUUAUGGUUCCGGAGAAUAUAAGAGGGUGGAUAAGGUUACGACAUCAAAUGGAUGUUGAUUUUUCUAAAUCUGAACAAGAUUUUGAAAAAAUUAAGUCUGAAAUUUCUCUUUUAAAAAAUAAAAUUAAUAUGGCAUAUAAAGUAUUACAUACUCUUAAAAAUGAAGAUUUGUUAAAUCAAUCAAUACUUCAACAACUUCGUGAUUUUACGAAGCAACUUGCUUUUUUAUCUGAUAUUUCAAAAGAACAUGAAGUUAAACCUUUGCCUGAAACCGUUGAAUUUCUUGUUAAUCAAACUUUAACUUUGCAAUCUCUUUUGAAUUCUUUGCAAACAUUGGCUUUAACAUAUGAUAAAAAACCUUUAUCUUUAUCUGAACGUAUUUUAUACAUUGAAAAAUCUAUUUUAACACAACUUCCUAUAUAUUCAAAUGAUAACUCUGAUACACUUAAUCUCACAGAUGCACGUUCUUUGCUUUAUCGUCUUUCUCAACUUGAAUAA